AUGAAAGACUGCUGCUGGGUCGUGUUACCCAGCAGAGAAACCGCUCGUUUUUUCCUGCUGUUUUUCCUCAUCGCUCUUUACAUGCUGGCUGGUGCUGCAAUGUUCUCUUGCUUGGAGAGGCCAGCGGAGCUGCAGGCACACCAGCUCUGGCAGAGAAGGCUCAUGGACUUCACUAGAAAGCAUAACAUCAAGCAUGAAGACCUGAAAUACCUGUUGUGUCACUAUGAGAAGGCGAGGACGGCAGGCAUCCGGGCAGAAGGCAGCCGAGCCCUCUGGGACAUUCCAGGUGCUUUCUACUUUGUGGGAACUGUGGUCUCCACCAUUGGUUUCGGAGUGACGGCCCCAUCCACCACAGCGGGGAAGGUCUUGCUCGUCUUCUAUGGUUUGCUGGGCUGCUCAACUGCCAUCCUCUUCUUCAAUCUCUUCCUGGAGAGAGUCAUCACAUUCCUGAGCCUUCUGAUUGUCUGGUGCCACAGAAGAAAAGUCCACGCCUCCAGCGGACAUGAGAGCAGCGCUCGUGAAGACGGGAGGAAUAAGGAACGGAAGCCGUCUGUGUUCCAAGUCACCCUCAUCCUUUUCUGUGCGGUCAUGGUGGUCACCUGUUCAUCUGCGGCCCUCUAUUCCGCGAUGGAGGACUGGAGUUACUUUGAGUCCAUGUACUUCUGCUUCGUGGCCUUCAGCACGGUGGGCUUUGGGGACUUGGUGAGUGGGCAGAAACAGCACCACGAGCACACCCGGGCCUACCAGAUGGCCAACUGUCUGCUGAUGCUGUUGGGGGUUUGCUGUAGUUACUCCCUCUUCAACGCCAUCUCUGUAAUUGUCAAACAGGGACUGAACUGGAUACUGGGAAUGCUCGACUGGAUGUUUAGGAGCAUCUGCACUCACAGGCCGCGUUUCAGACCUCUGUUCACGCAGUGUUUAGCUGACGUGGAAUCGCUGGUGUGUCACCGUGAGGAUGACGUCCUGCACAGACAGCAAGCGCAAGCAGUCACCAGUUUGGGCCACAAUGCACUGUGGCACGCCUGCGUUCCAAGCACAAUGGUUAAAUGCCUUUGUGAUGAAGCCCAAGUGAAAACAGUGAGUAACAAAAACAUUGAGGAAUCAUUCCAAAAUAACACCAGCGGACUCUGA